ACAAAAUUAUUUUUCUAAUUUUAUUUACUAAUUUAAUUUAAUUUAAUUUAAUUUAUUUGUAACCAAUUUUCAAUUAAUAUCUUUCUAAUUUCCAUAUCAUGAACUAUGGAACUGAAAGGAUGGAAUAUCUUUAUUUUGUUGAUAAUUCCAGUUCAUCUAUUGACCGGUUCUUUUGCUAAACAUUUGACAAUUGAAGAGAUUCAUUUUUACAGAAAUAAGUUAAAGUCUAUGUUUAAUUAUGCUUAUGAAAAUUAUGCUACAAAUGCUGGUAAUUAUGAUGAGCUUAAACCAAUUACUUGUCAAGGUGUUGAAACUUGGGGUAAUUUUUCAUUGACAUUAAUUGACUCAAUGGAUUCACUUAUAUUGUUUCAAAAUUAUUCGGAAUUUGAACGUGUUACUCGAUAUAUUGUUGACAAUGUUGAUUUUAAUCAGAAUAUAAAUGUUUCUGUUUUCGAAACAAAUAUAAGAGUUGUUGGAGGACUUUUAUCCGCUCACUUAUUGUCGUAUAAAAGUGGCAUGGAACUCGAGCCUGGUUGGCCUUGCGAAGGUCCUCUUCUUCGGUUAGCUGUUAAAGUUGGAAGAAAAUUAUUACCAGCUUUUCAAACGAAAACUGGAAUGCCUUAUGGAACUGUUAAUCUAAGAUAUGGUGUACCUCUGGAAGAGACACCGGUCACUUGUACCGCUGGAGUGGGCACAUUUAUAGUUGAAUUUGCCACACUCUCUCGACUAACCGGUGAUCCUAUUUUUGAAACAACUGCCUUAAAUGCCCUUAGGGCUCUACAUUCAUAUAGAUCUCACCUUAAUCUAGUCGGUAAUCAUAUCAACACCUCUGACGGUAAAUGGACAGCAAUCGAAUCAAGUAUUGGCUCAGGUGUAGAUUCUUAUUUUGAAUAUCUAGUCAAAGGAGCUUUGCUUCUUAAAAUGCCUGAACUAAUGGACAUGUUCAAUGUUUAUCACCAAGCAAUCAACAAAUAUAUGAGAAGGGAGGAUUGGUACUUUGUCGUCCACAUGAACAACGGAUUAACAACUAUGCCUGUCUUUCAAUCCUUAGAAUCUUUUUUCCCUGGUCUUUUGACACUAAUUGGUGACAUUGAACAAGCUCAGAAGACUAUACUCAACUAUCGAUAUGUACUUAAACGCUAUGGUUUUAUUCCAGAAUUUUUCGAUGUCGCUAACAACAAUGUCAAACGAAACGGGAACCCGUUGAGACCUGAAUUCUCAGAGAGUAGAAUAUCAAGUUUAAAAAUACUUCUAUCAAGUAGUAGGAGGUAA